GCGAGCGAGCAUUGCAUAGCGAGGGGAAGAGGUGGUUUGCUUCGUUCAGUAUUUUUGCAUGAACAAAACUACGAAUCACCUCUUCUUGUAAAGAUGUGGACAGAAGUCGGGAAGCUAAUGCUCUUACAUUUGUUACUAAUGGAGCUCCACUCCACCCAAGGGACUCAUACCGAUACGGAUUGUGAAACGGGUCAGUUUCAAUGCAAGAACGGAAGGUGUGUACCUACUCUCUGGAGAUGUGACGAUGACGACGACUGCUCUGAUAACAGCGAUGAAGAAAACUGUCCGAAGAAGACGUGUGCCACCACAGACUUUGCGUGUAAGAAUGGCCAGUGUGUUCCCCAGCGGUGGCGUUGUGACGGCGAGCCGGAGUGUACCGAUGGAUCAGACGAGGCCGAUGCUACAUGCAGUCGACAGACGUGCCCACCUGAGAAGUUUGACUGUGGGGGGUCAGCCAGCAAGUGUGUCUCGUUGUCAUGGAGAUGUGAUGGAGAGAGGGACUGUGAGAACGGAGCGGACGAGGACCAGUGUUCCGCAGACGCCAAGGCCUGCCCCGCCAAGGAGUUCCAGUGCCAUAACAGGAAGUGUGUGGCUCCCAUCUUUGUGUGCGACGGCGAUGACGACUGCGGGGAUGGGAGUGAUGAGGAGAAGUGUUCCAUUUCCACCUGUGGCCCCCACGAGUUCCGCUGUAACGACUCAGAGUGCAUCCCAGCCCUGUGGAGCUGCGAUGGGGACCCAGACUGCGGGGAUAAGUCUGAUGAGUCUAUGGAGCGCUGUAGUCGCCGGACAGAGCCCCAGAAGCCCCGUUGCCCGGCGGGGGAGUUCCAGUGUGGAAGUGGAGAGUGUGUCCACCUCAACUGGAAGUGUGACGGCGACGCAGACUGCAAGGACAAAUCUGACGAGGCUGACUGCGCUCUGCUGACCUGCCGUCCAGAUGAGUUCCAGUGUGGUGAUGGGUCCUGUGUCCAUGGUACCAAGCAGUGCAACAGGGUGCACGACUGUCCUGACUUCAGUGAUGAGGCCGGCUGUAUCAACGCCACUAAGUGUGAUGGCACCAGGAAGUUUAUGUGCAAGAACGGACAGUGUAUCGACAGCAGCAAGGUGUGUGAUGCCGUCAAAGACUGCAAGGACUGGUCAGACGAACCCAUGAAGGAGUGUGGUGUGAAUGAGUGUGCAGACAAAAAUGGAGGCUGCUCUCACAUCUGCAGAAACAGGAGGAUCGGCUAUGAGUGUGACUGUCCCUCUGGAUACCAACUAAUGGACAAGAAGACCUGUGAAGACAUAGAUGAGUGUGAGAAUCCCAACUCAUGCAGCCAGAUCUGCAUCAACUACAAAGGAGACUACAAGUGUGAAUGUUACGAGGGCUAUGAGAUGGACCCCAGCACCAAGACCUGCAAGGCCGUGGGGAAGAGCCCUUACCUGAUGUUCACCAACCGCCAUGAGAUCUGCCGUAUAGACCUGAUAAAGAAAGACUACACCCAGGUGGUGCCCGCUCUGAAGAACGCUGUAGCCCUGGAUGUGGACGUCACCACCAACAAGAUGUACUGGUGUGACCUCUACCACCGCAAGAUCUACAGUGCGUACAUCAACAAGGCCAGUGAUUCGUCGGAGCAGGUGACUCUGAUCGAGACAGCUCUGACCUCUCCAGAGGGGCUGGCUGUUGACUGGGUCCAUAACAACAUCUACUGGACCGACUCCGGAGAUAAGACCAUCUCCGUCGCCACGGGAGAUGGCAAGAAGAGGAGGGUGCUGAUCGCCACCGAGCUGAGCGAACCACGGGCCAUCGCUGUGGACCCCCGACAAGGGUUUAUGUACUGGUCUGACUGGGGGACCCAGGCAAAGAUAGAGAAGGCUGGCAUGAACGGAGUGGACCGCCAGGUACUGGUGUCAGAGAGGAUCGAGUGGCCCAACGGAAUCACUCUGGACCUAUCCAACAGGCGUCUGUACUGGGUGGACUCUAAGCUGCACCUGCUCUCCAGCAUCGACCUGAACGGUGACAACCGUAAAGUGCUGCUCUUUUCCCAGGACCACCUGGGGCACCCCUUUGCUCUCACCGUCUUCGAGGACCGUGUGUACUGGACAGACCUAGAGGAUGAGGCUAUCUACAGCGCUAACAGGCUAACAGGACAUGAUGUGGCUACGCUAGCAGAACACCUAAAUAACCCUCUAGAUGUUGUCGUGUUCCACGAACUACGCCAACCCAAAGCUCCAGACAGCUGUAACAUGGGCAGUCUACCUAACGGGGGCUGUGAGUACCUGUGUCUCAAAGCCCCCCAGAUCACUGACCACUCCCCCAAGUACACCUGUGCCUGCCCGGACGGCAUGGAGCUGGGACCAGGCAUGAGACGAUGUGCCAUAGUCAAACCCAAGACAACCACAGCAGCUCCUACCACAACCACCACUACUACCACUCCAGCUCCUACCACAGCCACCACCCCAGCUCCGACUACAACCACAACUACUUCUCCAACCACUACGACCACAGCUGCUACUACAACCACCUCCACAACUACAGAACUGACCACAACCACACAGUCGACCACAGUUCCUACGACGUCCCCCCCUCCUCCUCCCCCCAGGACCACAGCUUCGUGGAGGACCCCUCCCUCCACCUCCUCCUCCACCAUUACCUGGCCUACGACCUCCACCCCUGGCCCCCGCUCCACUUCCACACCCCCUCUACUGCCCAACAACAUCCAGAGAGAGAACGCUAACCUCUCCCACCGCUCUGGGAAUGAUCACUACCUCCUGGGUAACAACAUAACAGUGGCAGUCCUGGGUAUAGUGAUUCCUAUAGUUCCUAUCCUUGCCACAGUGGUCAUCGGCCUGCUCUGCACCGCCGGCUACCUGCUCUGGCGUAACUGGCGCCGGAAGAACACCAAGAGUAUGAACUUCGACAAUCCUGUCUACCGUAAGACCACAGAGGAUGACGAUGACGAGAUUCACAUCGGCCGUACUGGAGAGUCUAUCGGCCACGUCUACCCCGCUGUGAGUGGCAGCGCCCACCAGCCAUUCCUAGCCCUGCCCCUGGGGGGCGGGAUCACAGACAGCAACUCCCAUUGGUACUCGGGGGCGCCCAUGCAUCCCACCGGCAAAUGAGAUGAGAGGGGGUGGGACUUGGAGAUAAAAGAGAGGGUUGGGGUGUGUGGGGGUGGUAGAGUCUCCAAGACAGGGACAGGCUUAAAUCCUCACAGACACACACACAUACACACACUUAAUUCACAAAAUCAUUCUAAACACUUCCUCGGUCAAACACACACACAUUGAUGUUGAGCCCUUCAUCACCAGUCCACCUCUACAUAAUCUUCACCUUCAUUCACCAUAUAGAAUAUUUGAUCUCUAUCCAUUCCCACAUUUCAUGUUUUGACAAUGUGUGUUACUGUGUUGUGGUGGUGCGUCAAGGAGGCACAGCACUCUGGGUUUUUAGCUUUAUUAUCCUCCCUCUGAAGACUUACUGAAGGGAGCAUCGAACCUGGUCGUUCCCCUUUGGAGUGUAAAUUAGGCAAAAGGGGAACAGUAACCAGAACAGAAACAGCACCUUAGAUGACGGGACAAUCUUUAGUCAUAUUGAUUUAUUCCUGUUUAUUCUUGUUUUUAAUUCUAUAUGCUGGUAAACAUAAACAUGAACAAAAAGAGGUGGGAGGGGUUAGCGCUGGGAUCGGUUGGCAUGGUGACACGCGUCGCUGUCGGGGCGUGGUAGAGACAGCGGGAGAGAGGGGUGGGACUCUGGCAGGGUGACAGGUUAUUACAUAAAAAUAAAAAAAUGUUUAGUCAUUUAGCAGACGCUCUUAUCGAGAGCGACUUACAGUUAGUGAGUGCAUACAUUUUCAUACACACACACACCUGGUAUACUACAGUGCUGUGCUGAGAGGUAAUGCUGAGUACCACCUCCUCUUUAGAGUGGGUAGGGGGGGAGGAAACAAGCUUCCACCUGGGCUUUUCCUCUCCUCUCCUCUCCUCUCCUCUCCUCUCCUCUCCUCUCCUCUCCUCUCCUCUCCACUCCACUCCACUCCACUCCACUCCACUCCACUGUGUAAUGACAAACAUUAUGAGUGUGUAAUGACAGACAGUGUGAGUGUGUAAUGACAGACUAGGCCACUCUCCUCAGUGUACGAGAGCAUCACUCAGGCCACAUUUGUCCACACGGCCUCUCCUCUUCUCUUCUCUCCUCUCCUCUCCUCUCCUCUCCUCU